UAUACAUAUAUGGUAUUUAUAUAUAGUAUAAUAACCAUAGUUCUAUCUAUAUUCUACUCUCUUAUAGUAGCAUCGUUAAUGUACGUCGUGUUGUGAGGUGUUAGCCAGAUACGUUUAAAGAAAGUGUAGGUUGGUGUGGGUGUGCAUACUGCUGGAAGACAGCCGCACAAGUGAAAGGGUAAUGGCAAGGAGUGGAGGUGAUUUUCAGUGAUCUUUAACAAAUGGCUUUGUCCGAGGUGCACAAUUUGGCUGCAAUUAUCGGCAACAAUGGUUUUACUGUUAGCAAGAAUAACGUGGUUGAACGCAACAUCAACAUGUUGGAACCACGAAACAAUUAUCCAGCUGAUAGAUGUAAUACAGAAUAUAAUUAUUGGAAUUAUGACUUAAUGGAAUGCAAUACACAAAAAAAUAUGAAUGUAGAAGAUGAAGAUAGUCAGGAUUUAAAUAAUCCUAUGGUCAAUGAUUUAGUGUCAAAAAUUCUUGAUGAUGAUUCAAUAGUUGGUGACAACGCUCACAAUAAUAGUUAUAAUGGCAAUAUUCAAUAUUAUUCAGAUACUCAAUCCUGUAUUAUGGAAAAUAAAAUGGAAAGUAAUACUGAUCCUAAUUUUACUAUGGAUCGUUUCAAUAUGCAUUCGACAUUUAAUAAAUUACAAAAUAAUAUUUCUAAUAAUGCUAAACUUGAAUGUAAUUAUAACACUCUCUGUGGAGAGCUCAAAACAUUGAGUCUCAAUACAUGUGUAGGGCAAGUAUCAGAUCAAGGAAAUUUAUAUAACAAUGGGAUUGGUGCAUAUUCAAAUAUGUAUCCAUCCGAUUCACAAUCUUACGUACUACGUCCAAGUAAUGAAAAUUGUUGUAUUAGUGGAAAUACUAUGCCUAUAUGCAAUGAUUUAUUAACAACUACAAAUGAGACAAAUGUAGGUAAGCAGUCUGCUAACUGGACAGAAAAUUUAUCGACAUCAGGAUGUACAUCAGACUUAUUUGGAAAUUAUCAACGAAUACAAAAUUGUACAAAUCCAGAUCUUAACUUUAAUAUGGCUCUAACAUUGGCUUUAGAUUCUCCUGAUCCAAUAACUCUAAAUGAAUUAGAGUAUCAUAAUAAUAUUGGACAAAAUGGAACUAAUACAUAUAAUAAUCCAACACCUUCUAUGCAUGAAUUAUACAGCAUGACUGCCAAUAAUCAAACUUAUAGACCAAGUUCAGCAAUGACUGAUUUGAGUAUCGAUUCUGGCUUUCUUUCAAAUUCUCCAUUACAACAUUUUUCUCCAGCUGAUACAAAUUUGCAUAAUUGUUUUGGAAAUAAUAUACAGCGGAGUAAUGCUAAUGAUUAUAAAGAUUUACAUGAUUCAAAUAGAUUAAGCAUGACAAAUAUCUCCAUACCAAAUGAACAACUUCAAUUUUUGCACCAACAAGCUCGUAGCUACAAAUUAAAUCAAGCUGUGGACCAAGAAUACAAACAAUUAAUUGACUAUUAUCCAGGUGUAAGCGAUUUCACCACAUCAUCAAUCAAUAGUUUAGACACAAAUGAAAAUUGUCUUACAAAUAAUGAUUAUAAAAUUGAUAAUAAUUUACUGAAAAUUAUCAGUCCGAAAUCAAAGACUAUUGAAACUAAGACAUAUUCACCAAUUGGAUUUCCAAAAAAUCUAAGUUCGCGUAAUACUCACCAGUCAAUUGCAAAAUAUGGAUAUCAUAAUUAUCAACAUUACACUGCCAAUAACGGCGAGACUUUAAAAAUGUUACCACAAAGUUCCACAUCUUAUCAGGAUUUGAAGCAGCCUAAUAAUACUAAUACAUAUAAAGUGGAAGGAUUUGAUCUUACCAAAGAAAUAGCUUUUCCUUCUGUAAGUCAUUUGACGAAUCAAAUAGCAGGGUCUUCAAUGAACAAGGAUACUUUUAAUUAUCUUAUGAAACAACGACAUCAUAUGCCAAGAAUACAAAAUAGUCCUGGUAUUCCAUCUGCUGAUGUCCUUUUUAAUUCAGGAAUAGUACCAAAUCCGGGUACAGUAAGAUCUGGAGUAUUCCCACCAGUAAUGCCAGUUCCUGUACCACUUCCAGUUCCACGACUAUUUUCCGUAUUAUAUGGUGGAGGUUUGAGCCUUAGAAAUGGAAGUGGAACUUCUAGACGUACAGCACCUUCAAGUAUAUUACACUUUAGACUGGAGCAAACUUAUGAACAGUUUAAACAAUUAGAAAAAGAACGAAAAAAAUGCGAAGCGGGAUUAGCUGCUCAUUUUCCUGGUAAAAGAGUGACGAGUGCAAACAAUAUACCUAUUCCUCGCCUUCAAGGAAAUCCAUCACGCGUUGAUCGUUUAGUCAUUGAUUAUUUGAGAGAGCAUGCACGCGUUAUAACUCUGAUUGCAAAGAUGGAACGUUUACGAGGGACCACGAUGAAUCAACGUGUACAUAAAGCUAUGGAAUAUUGGUUGGAAGCAAUAAAGUUCGUCCAAGAAUGUCGUAAACGUGAAGUUGCAAAUGCUACUAAACGCCAAAAAGAAAAUCCACCAUGCAUUCUUGUAUACAAUGAUAAUGAUAUAUUAACAUUGGCAGCCAGUGUAUAUGAAUUGACGAAGGCAUCUCGAUACGCAAGAACUGGUAUGUAUAACGCAUUACAAGCUACAUUAUUGUAUGACUUGGAAAUAGAAAAGAAAGUCGUUGAAACUUCUAAAGAUCCAGUUCUUGUGAUGAAACGUAAUGAAAGUCAGGUAACACAUGAUGCUGGUGAUUAUUCAAACAGUACCUAGCAAGAUUUUGAAAACCGCUUUUCCAUUUUGUGUGAAAAAACAUAGAUCGAGUCCAGCAGCUUUUUACUUACGUAUUCCGCGUUACGUUAAUGAAAAGCUUUUGCUGGCGUUUAUCAUAAUUUUAUCGCUGAGAAAAAACAAUGCCGCCCACUAAUUGCGAAAUUUUCAAAGCAUCAUAUGGAGAAGUACACAUACUCCCGCCGAAAUAGGAAAAUCAUAUGCGUAUCUACUUUUUACAAGUUAAUAGUAACUCCAUAGUUUUCUACUGUACAUAUUUUUAUCCCUACUAUAUAGUACAGUCUUGGGAGUGUCAGUUCUUGGAAUCCAAUACUUGUGAUUCAAUUGUCUAUCACACUUUUCAAGUGAUUUUGCUUGUUCUUCGCUAACAGACUAACGAAAAGGAAACUUACGAACGUCAACAUUUUUUAUCUUUGGAUGUGUUGUGUUACAUAUUUCACAAUGCCAAAGAUAAUUAUCUCAAAUUUAUCGAGGAUCCGAUACUCGUAGAAAGAAAGAAACGAAGAACAAGAUUGCUCAGACGUACUAGAAGAAAACAAAAAAUGAAAAAAAGAAAAAGAGAAAAAAGAACGUUCGCAAGAAUCUCUGACUAUUACUCGUUUGCGUAUGUGUCAUAGGCUAGAUAAUAUAGGCUAAAUUUUACCAAUAUAUUUGUUCAGAGUGCUAGGCAGUAAUUUCUUAGACUAGUUCAAUGUGGCCUUCCUUAAAUGUGUGACCCAAGAUGUAUGUCAGGUAGUCAAAGUACAUCUCGAAAACUUCGAAUAUUUCGAAAAACUCAAAACGCGAUGCGGUAAUUUAAAUCGCAGAUCGGGUGAGCUUUUUCAAUCUGUGAAAAUAUGUGUAGCCUUUGAUCUGACUCGAUAUAUAGAUAUACAUAUAUAUAUAUAUAAAUAUAUAUAUAUAUAUACAUAUAUAUAUAAAUAUAUAUAUACAUAUAUAUAUAUAUGCGUGUGUGUGUGAUAACGCAAAUAAUGUCCACUAAAUAUACUACACAUAAAUCUUUGUUAAAAGAGAGGACUUUUCUAAAGCAUACUUGUUACACGCAUACACAAAAUCAUGCUCUGGCGUAACAUUUACGCACAGUACAUAGUCGCAUUACAUUUAAUUGCAAGAUAUAAAAUAUAAAAUAUUCGUGUAUAUAAUUACACAUAAUAUGUGAAACAUUAUAUAUAUAUAUACGUACAUAUACGUAUACAUGUCUAUGUGUGUGCGUGUACGUAUGUACACAUAGAUUUAUGUGCAAGUACGUACAAUAUGUAUAAGAUAUAUAGAGAAUUUUUAACGUGCAUACGCAAAAACAUACAUAAAACUAUUCCUACAUACCUACAUUAUUACGUACUAUACGUUCUAGACAAAUUGAUUAGCUCUAUAACAGCCGAUUCGCAAAGUUCAACAUUUUCUCUACUCAAUACUUUAUUAAAUAAGCAUCUUUCACACCUGAUAUAAUUAUUCCUAGGCUCAAUAUAUUUUAACGUUCCAAUCUGCGUAUGUACGAAUGUUCGUACGAAUCCGUGUUUUAUUAUAAUUUAAAAAAAUCGCGAUAUAAUCGCGUGCAAGUUCGAGUUCCACGGAAGCAUCAAAUCGUCGUUUCGUUCUACGUUCUUGACGAGACUUCAACGGUGAUGAUUAUUUCCGUAUUCCUAUGAGAAAUUACAAAACAUAUAUUCGCACAACGAUGAACAAAAGAUACUUCGUGUUUAGAGAGAGAAUUAAGAAAAAGGAAGGGAAAAAAAAAGAGAAAUGUAAAUUUAUACAGUGUCCAACGCGUAGACGCAUGGAUGAGGACGCGCAUGGAGACGAACAAAACUUUGAUGCAACAUUUUUGCUGUCUCGAGGUCUAACUUUCAUAAAUAUUUAAAUAUUAUUUUGAAUCGGUCGGCCUGUAUUAUCAUUAAAAAAUGCUCGUAAAAAAUCGGUUGAUGUCGGUUGACAAAUGGUGAAAUAUUAAAUAUAAUCAUCUCUGUAUAUAUAUCCGUCAAUUUCCGUCUGAACUGUAUGAUCUACGUAGUGAUUCCCAAUGAUAAAACGAGGAAGAAUGGUGUUUCGGUUUAAUUCCUCGGUAUUUCUAUAUCGAUCUUAGAUGAGAGAUAUUAUUAGCGAAGUAUUUAAUUUAGUAAUAGUGAUACUUGUUACGAAUAGAAUUUUCUGGCUGUCUUUGUUGCCGAUCACCAUUAACGAACGAAUAUUUUAAUUUUUUUUGACAACGGAUAAGUUUGUUUUUAUACAUUGAUAUGUUUUGCAAAAUUGUUAAAACUUUUACAAAAAAAUUUUAUAUCGGUUACUCAAAAUGAUCAAUCGAUCAUUUCAUCGAAUAAAAUCCGUUUAUUUUUAUACAUUAAAAGACCGUAUAUUAAAAGUUUAAAUUUUAGUAAAAGGAUUGUUAAUUCAAAAAAAAAAUAUCUAAUAACUUUGAAUCGAAUAUUCUAAUCGUAAUAAUCGAAAAGAUAUAGAAGUUUGUUAAACAUUUUUAGCAGACAAAAUUGUUAAUUGAGAAGAAUAUCUUGUUGAUUUUGUCUUCGAACUCGAAAUAUCUAGACGAAAUUGCUCGGCCGCAAAGACAACCCAUUCUCGAAGAAUGGUCCGGUACUCCGAUCUUGUAAAAGACGCAAGAUACACAUACAGACUGCUUUUACAUAGCGCUUACAUAAUCAUUGGGGACCAUCUCGAGCAUUGUCUCCGCGUAUAUAUCAGCAUAUCUUAGAAACUCAUUUUUCAUUAACACGAAGGAACAUGCAUUUGCAUUUCUUCACAAUUUCUUCUUCGUUAUUUUUCUUUCUUUCUUUCUCUUCUUUUUUUUUUUUUUUUUUUUUUUUUUUAAUCUAAUCUCAGAGGUGUGCGGUUGUAUAAAUUUAACUCCUUUCCUCUUACGUUAAUAUCUUUUCGUUUGCGUUCCUCUUUGUCCCCUGUCUUUUCUUCCCUUCUCAAAAUACGACGAGGGCAAAGUUGAAUUAGAAGAAUCGGAAGAGAAACGCGUGUGGUGUUCAUUAUGAUGUUUAAUCCUGUUCCUUUUUUUUUUUUUCUCUUUCCAUUUCAAAAAUAUCAAACGAGAUAAAUGAUUAAUAAACAUGCGUCCGGAAACGACGAAAGUAUAGGCUUAAUGAAAACUUUAAUGAAAAAAGAGAAAAAAAAAAUACAAAAAAUAUGUGUCUGUUAGGAUAGAAUAGAAUUAUCGAAUUAUCGCUCGUUAAGAAGAAUUCUCACGAGGGAUGAAAGGGAGAUUAAUCGUCGCUUGUGCGUAAAAAAAUUUAGAAAAUAGAGAAACACGAGUAUUCGAGGCGCGCGUGAUAUUUCAGGCUGAAGAAGAAAGCAAAGCAAUGCUUUACACAAUUUCCUUCCGCAUUUGUCAACGUGUUUAUAUUAUAACUGUGAUAUAUGUAAUGCCAAUUUGUACAUAACUUAAAAAGCUGAAAAACUUACUUACUUGUCGCGGCAACGAUACGGUGAACGCGGUCUACACAUUAAUUUUUCUUUUUCUUUUUUUUUUUCUUUUCUUUUCUUGUUCAUACGUCAAUAUUUCGUUUCUCUUCUCUCAUUUCCGCUUCAAUCAAUCGCUUUUUACCGCUCCUUUCGUCCUUAUAACUUGGAAUGUGAUACCGAUAGAUAAAACAUAACGUUCGAUUCUUCGUUUCGAUUAAAAAAAAAAAAACAUUCUCUUGGGAAAAAAUUCAGAAAGUAUCGACGUGUAUUUAUAUCCCGCGAUAUAAACGAAUCGAAUUUCUUAAUAAGCGUUUCACUUAACGGAUAGUACUUAGCACGAACGAAUAUUGUCAGUAUCAUGCAUCUGAAAUAUCUACGCCAUUUACACUCAUUCGAUAUUUUUAAAGUAGCUUCUUUGUAGUUUUGGUGGGAAAAAGAAAAAGAAUAAUUUUUUAUCGCCCCUUUCGAUCUCAAAACAACGUGUAACAAUUUUUAUUUCGAAUGCAAUUCAUCCUUGCUCUGCAUUUUAUUGACAUUUCUUAAUUUUUUUUUUUUUUAAAUAAAAUUUAAAAAAAUAGAUUUUUUGACCAAGCUUCUCAACAUCAGAUAUCAUAAUUGUUCGAAAUAAAAAAACUUAGGAAUCUCGAUAAUCGAUAUAUCGAUUAGAAAUUGAUGGAAGAGUAUAAAAUUUUUAAACCGGUGAAAUCGUGGAAAAUUUGUUUUACGGAUUUUCCAAAUCUUGGGAAAAGAAAAUGAGGGAAUAAAAGAGAUUAGGUAGCAAAGAGUAACGUCACUUGCGUUUGUUUCCUGUUGCGUGCACAACCCCCCCUUCCCCUCCACUCUUCUUCCUGUGUUCGAAAAAAAAAAAAA